AUGGAGUUCACGGGCCUGCAUUCGGCUUUCCCGCGAAACAACGAGCCCAGCCUGUUUGACUCCCCUGCGGAGCGGUACCUGAAGGCCCGGCAGAGCGUGCAGCGCUUCACGGUCACCCAGCUCGGGUUGGCAAUAUUCUCAAAUGAAACUCCAAACAAGUACGUGGUGCAUUCGUACAACUUUUUUCUCUUUCCCUCCACGUUGGGAGUUAAGGAUGUCGAAGUCACACUUUCUGCAUCUAGCAUUCAGUUCCUGUCUCAUUAUGGCUUUGACUAUAAUAAGUUCCUCAAAGAUGGAAUCCCGUACAUGAAUGAGGCACAAGAGAAGAUGCUUAUUCAGCAUCUCUUAGUGGGGAGCUGGAAAGUCAGCAGUGCUCAGGACAGGGAUGUGCUGAAGAAGGCAAUUGAUGAAGUGACCUGUUGGAUUGCUGUAGCAAAGGAAGAGGAGACCAUGACUUUACAGGACCUGAGUGGAUAUCAGAUGUUUGAAGUGGGGGACAUGUCUCCUAUGAAGACAAGCUGGAAUAGUAACCAAACUGGCAUUGUUUCCACCCUGCAGUUCCUCAAAGAUGGAAUCCCGUACAUGAAUGAGGCACAAGAGAAGAUGCUUAUUCAGCAUCUCUUAGUGGGGAGCUGGAAAGUCAGCAGUGCUCAGGACAGGGAUGUGCUGAAGAAGGCAAUUGAUGAAGUGACCUGUUGGAUUGCUGUAGCAAAGGAAGAGGAGACCAUGACUUUACAGGACCUGAGUGGAUAUCAGAUGUUUGAAGUUCAGCUGGCUCUGAGACAGGGUCUCCAAAAUGUUUGGACACAACCUCUUGGAGAUGGGAAGGUAAUGGUGAAAAAAGUAAGUCCACAGCAACGUCAGCUUCUGGAGGACUCUCCUUAUGACUACUGCCAGAAGGAGCUCAUUCUUCUGUCUGCCCGGGGCUUCACUAACCUCUUCCACACGCUUGUUCAAGUCAAGAAGCCCCUGGUGGGACACAACAUGCUGAUGGACCUUAUGCAUCUUCAUGACAAGUUCUACAAGCCCCUUCCAGAAAGCUAUGAGGAGUUUAAAAGGAACAUUCAUAACCUGUUUCCUGUCCUUAUAGACACCAAGACUGUAACAAAAUCCAUCUGGAAGAAACAUCAGUUUUCUCGAGCAUCUAAUCUUUUGGAGGUGCAUAUGGUUUUGUGCAGCAGCAACCUAAAUCCCAAAGAUCCAACGUGCCCUGUGAUAACUCUUGCAAGUGACUGCUCAAGAUAUGCUGAGAAGAAUUGCCCUCACGAGGCAGGCUAUGAUGCAUUUCUCUGUGGUUCAGUUCUUCUUAAGUCAGCUCAUUUGCUACUGUGCAGAUCCACAGACGGUGCAGCGGAGGCUGAUCCUUCUUUCUCUCAGUAUCUCUCCGUGUUAGCUGAGUAUCUGAACAAAGUGAAUUGCAUCCGAGGUGGUGUUUCAAGCAUUAAUUUUUCUGGGGAAGACACUCCCAGCCAGCAUCCGCCUGUCUUGGUUGUCCAUGUCCGAGACUGGCCAGGGCUGAAUGAGAGGCAGAUUUACCAAGAGUUUAGAGCUCUUUGUCGCUUUGAUGUCAGACGGCUUUCAAAGAAUCAGUUCAUUCUGCUGUCCAAUAAAUUUAAGCACGUCCGGCUUGUUCUGCGAGAUUACAGGCAUCACCCCCAUCUGCGGGUUUCCAUCUACCGCCACUGGAGGCACUCCCCGCCAGUCAACUGCCUGCUGCAAGUCUCCAGUAUUGUGGCACUGUGGUCUCUCUUGGCCUUUGUACUUGGAGGAGCUCCUUGA